AUUGACGAUAAGGAGAUAUUUCCCUUUUUCGGCUGUUUUUCUCUUUUCUGUCUGCCAAAACCACAAGAUGCAGUGGUAAUCUGCAAAUUUCCCAUGAUGCCAGCGGGCUUGCGUUUUUAAUCCUCCCGGCCAUGAUGGUAGGAGGAAGAGGAGGUAAUGGAGGGAGCAGGCAGACAGGCAGCCGGCGUUUGUUAGUCUUUUCAGCUGCAGAGGAGACCACAUGAUAGGAUGUGGAUUUCUUUAUGGAUAACUUGGUCUGGAUAUUUUUGGGGGUUAAUGGACGCUUUUAUAUUUUCUACAAUUUUAAAUCCUCCAUGUAGCUGGAAGACAGUGAGACAAACAUCUUUAGUUGCUGCUGCUGUUAAUUUAAAUUUUCUGCCAAAUUCAGUUGUGCAGUAAGUAUAAUGCACAGCCAGGUUUGUUGUUAGUGUUAUUAGCACAUUAUAUCAUUACUUGUUGUUUAAUUUGUCUUGUUUUACAUAAUGAAGAAAUAAUGAUGAGAAUGUUGGAUAUUAGUUUAUAACAAACAUAUCUACAUAUGUAUAUGUCUAAAAAUGUCCUUACAUUGAUUCAGUGCGGAGCACUGUUCUGUAAUUGUGAGACAACUCUUUAAUAACCAAAAUUAGCAAGCCGUAUCAAAUUUUUUGUUUUCCAUUAUUUUUUAAACUUAAAACUUUAAAUUGUAAACAAACAUUUUAAACAAAAAAGUAAAACUGCACUAUAAUAUAAUAUAUAUUUAUUAUUAUUGUCAUUAAUGAAAUCAACCUCAAAGGCCCAACUAUGUUUGGCCACAGCACCUUGGUAAGAAAAAUAUCAGCAACAGUUCAGGGAAUAUCAGAAUUUUGAGACAAAAGAAUCAAGAUGUUAAUGAACGUAUUUUUCUGUCCUGCAUUAUCUUUAAAAGUUGCAGCAAACAAAGGCCUUUAACAGUCAUAUUUUAUUUUGCUGUCGACUUUUGCAGUGCACCAUAGCACUUUAUCACAUUAUACAAACUCUCUUGAUAUCUGCAUUUGCACAAAAGGUUCUGUAUAAGAGAAAAACAAAAAAAAAGAAUGGGCGUAUUUUGAUGGGAUUAGGUCUGCUGCGGGAUUUUUAAAACUAGGACGUCAGGUCUAAAAGCAUAUCCGUCAGACUUUUUGUUCUGGCGUUUUUGUUCUGGUGGUGAAGAAGUGGACUGCAAAACCACAGUCACAGAGAGCAGAAGAAUGCACAGAGUGACGAUGGCGUGCAUCAGGUGUCUCGGUCCUCCAGGAGAUAACAGCUCCCCUGCUGGACAGAGGAAUUUUCUGGGCCUCACAUCCUUCUCCAUUAGAGAUCUAUUGAAAACCAAGGAGCCUCACGUCUCCCUAAACCUCAGAACUAUGGAAGGAGUGAAUGAGGUCAGGGAGGUGAAGGUGUUUCGUCUGCAGAUGGAGGUAGAGAGUAAGGAUAAAACACCUCGGGAACACAAGUGUCCUGCUCUGUGUGAAUAUCUUCACAGCUCUGUACAUGACAAAGAAAACAGUCCAAUGAUGAGAGCUGUGCUGUGUGCUCAGGUGUGUAAGGUGUAUAGAUUUCAGGCGGAGGAUCACAGGUGGCUGUUGGUCAGGGAGCAGAUGUCUGAGACGCCGCUGUCCUUCUCAUUACCAAAACUGCUACUGAACAUGCUCAUACAAGAGCAUACAAGAAGGGUCCAAGACGUAAAAGAGCUUGGUGACCUUUCACCCCAGUGGGAAGAACUCAGAUGUGAUGUCAUCAGCCAUUGUAACCACCUGAUUGGCUGUUACCAGGAAACACUUGCAGACCUUGAAAAUCACUCAGCAGCUUCAUCCUCUUUUAAGUCAAGCAGCAGUAAGUCAGACUGUCACCUUCAGUUUGUUCCAACCAACCUGCACUCACAGAGGAUGGAGGUCACCAGUCCAGACAGCACAGGUGUGUGGUAUGAGAUUAUGACAUUUGGUGCACCAGCUGAUCACCACCAGGCCUUUAAACAAGGAGGACUGAAGAGACUGCUCAGCAAACACACAGACCACAGAGGAAGCUCAGCCUCUUAUUCUCAGGAUGAGAGCUCAAGGGCCAGGGAGCUGCUGGCCAAUGUGGCCCAGCUGCAGCCUCUCAUCUUCGGUCUCGCUGAGGAGCUUCUGUCUGCAUCUCUGGAGCUGAAUGUCACUCGGCUGCAGCAGAUCCUAGACAGUCUGGUACAGGAGACAGGUCAGUUUGUUCACGCGCUCAAAGACGAGCUGGUGAAAAGUGCCCUAUUCGCUGUGUACACGGAAUGCUCCGCCCACUGCAUUUACAGCAGCCGUGCUAAGAGCAACGCGAUGCUGCCUAAUAACUCGCCAUCCAGUCAGGAUGGACCGACCUCUGCCAGGCAACACGAUGCCAUCCAGCGUAACAUGGAGUAUGAUGAGGAAGAGUGGGACACGGUGUGGGCAAACGUGGCCAAGAGCCUUAACUGUAUCGUGGCCAUGGUCAACCGGCUGCAGGGGCGGGAGGAGCGCCCCCAGGUGCUGACACCCUCAGAUCAGCAGGACAGCACAGGGGACUCAAACUCCCACAACACCGGUCCAGCCUCCUCGCCCUCUUCCUUGUCAGUGUUGUCUUGGCAAGAGCAGCUGCUUCCUCUAGUUGUCACUCUGAGGGACUGUGUUCGCGAAGCUGUGGGGAAGGCCCGAACUGCCAUGACCUUUGUGAUCCUGCAUGGGGCAGCCACUGCAUCUGUAGCACUGGGGACUACACAGCUUAUCCAGCGACGCCACGCUGUUUUCAGCCAGGCGCUUUCAGCAGUAGUGUUAGGUUUUUUAUUGAAGCUCUAUGGAGGUUUGGAUGAUGUGGACUUCCUGCAGCAGCUUCACAGAGUUGGAGUCCUGGCUGAGUUCGAAGGCCUGCUCAGCACCUACGGAGAUGAAGUGGGGAUGCUGGAGGACAUGGAGGUGGGCGUGGCUGACCUGAGUGGCGUUACCUUCACAGUCAUAGAGGCAAAAACAGAGCAACCAGACCACCUGCUUCCAACAUUAAGUGGAACAUGGGGCACUUUGGUUGUUAAAGUCCCAUUGCCUUCAGAGACCUUUGCAUCGUUGCCGCAGGAACUGAAAGAAGGCCAUUUGAUAAGACUUCAUCCGGUUUUCUUUAACAUUGGAAUCAACCAGCAGCAGAGUCUAGCUGAGAGGUUUGGUGACAGCUCACUGCAGGAGAGACUGAACCAGCAGAGCUGUGAACGACUUAAAGCUUACUGCGAUGCACUGAGGGACAAGCUGCCUGAAAUAGCUGGUGACCAGAUGCUGCCGGACUUGCUGUCGUCUUUGGAUCAUUGUAUAGAAAACAAAAAGAGGAAGAACGUGGAGGUUCUGUGGAUGGCUGCCAUGGUGUGUCGUAAAGUGAAUGGAAUUCGUCUGACGAGCUGUAAGAGUGCAAAGGACCGUACAGCAAUGUCGGUCACACUGGAGCAGUGUGUGUUAUUGAGGGAGCAACACACACUCAGCCAGCAGGACUUCAGCACAGCACUCGACUGCAUGAGGAGGUCUCGUCUGUCCUGGGGUCAGAUGCUGGGCUGUUAUGCCCAGACAGGGUUCACUGUCUCUGUGUUAGAUUCAGGGGAGUGCCCCUCAGGUCUGCCAGGCUCCUGGCUCCCACUCUGUUUGGCCCCCAAAGCUCCGAGACGACAUUUGUACCCAGUGGCUUUCCUGCUGGUGACCUCUCACCUCCUGGUUCUUUGGCUCAUCCUCAGCCUUGUCAUACUGCUGGCCAAAUACCAGUAGCCAAUACCAGCACAGACACUGACUGAGGGGGGAGAAUACCUUCUUUAUUUAUUAUCAUGGAAAAUGAUCAUUCCUUAAAGACUCUCUUCCUUGGCAUUGUAGGAGCCUUUUUCUGCCACUGUGAUGACAUAAGAUCCAAGUCCAAACUAUAGCUGGUGUUUUUCUGAAAAGAUACUUUACAAACCUUUAAAAAAUCCAAUUCAACCACACAUCAGUGCAAAAUAUCCCAGUACAAAGUAAUUCAGUGUUGUAAAAUAAAUAUAUACGUAUCCUGCAUCUAUGUUUCACAAACGUGUCUGUGCUGUGUGAGUAAGUUACCGAUGUCCUAUAUAUCUGCCUUUGUUGUUGUUUCAGGUGCAUGUUCAUUACACAAAGCAACAAUGGACAUGCACAAAUAGAUACACACAUCCAGAGUUUUUAAAAACCUGCACUUGGAAAGCUUUUAAGAGUUUCAGAUCACAAGCUGACUGAGAAUAUCUGAAUGUCUCAUAAAAUGAUAGAAAUAUUGCCAGUAUCUGAAAACAUUCCUCAAAUUGGGGGCUUACUGUUUUUAAAUCAUGAUUUAUCUAUUUUAUUUAUUCAUUUUUUAGAUUUUGUAUUUUAUGUUUUCAACAGUCUAUUAUUAUAUUCUAUUGCUGCGUUUUAGUUAGUGUGUUACUGUUUUCUGUGUUUUGCGAAGUGCUUUAGAUUGUGUAUUUGUAUGAAAGGUGCUGUGUAUGAGAUGAGUUCAGUUAGUAUCUUACUUAUUCAGAACAAUGACAAAUGUUCUCGAGUUCAGGGAAAUAUCCUGUUCAUUGUGACAAAGUGGUUUAAGUGAUUAACUCAUUAUUUUUAAGUUUGUCUUACGGAAUUUUGACUUACAGGAUACUUCUAUUUCUCAUCACAGUGAUGGAAAACAGCUUCCGUAAGAUAAUGACUGUAUGUGUAUGUCGUGUUUGUUAUCAUGUUAACUACUGCAUACAUUGUGUCAUGCUGGUAUUUCUGAGAAACACUGAUACUGUAAUACUGUAGAAAUCUUUACUCCAGUUGUUUUACUCAUAUUGUGUGUGUGUGUGUGUGUGCGUGUGUGUGUGUGUGUGUGUGUGUGUGUGUGUGUGUGCAGAGAUGGCUGCAGGACGGAGAAUGUGAAGAAAAACGUGGGCAGCAGAAAAUUCGCCUUCAGCAGUGUUCAGCUCCUCACAUUCCCCAAACUGUACAGACCCCCAGAUGGCAGCUAUGGAUAAACAGACAGGAUGCUGUUCUUUUUUGUAACUUAUGUACAGAUUUUUACAUUAAGUUGGUUCAGUUGGUAGAGUGGCUCAUUCAAUGCCCAAAGGGUUGGCGGUUCGAAUCCUGGCUCCAACUGUCCACAGGUCGAAGUGUCUUUGGGCAAGACACUGAACCCUAAAUUGCUCCUAAUAGGGUCUGGCAGUGCUUUGCAUGGUGGCAGCCACCUACUGGUGGCUGAGUGUGUGUGUGAAUGAGUGAAUAUGAGGACUUGUAAAGCUUUGGGCACCAUGAAGGUGUAUAAAAUGCACUAUAUGAGUUCAGUCCAUUUACCAAAUAAAAUGUAUGUUGUGCAGUACAAUUUGUUUUUAUGUUGAGUAUGAACUGUUGGAUCUGAGUUCACAAACAUUUUUCAGCAGUACAUUACUGUUUUACUAC